CGGGGUGUGGCGGGGCGGGCAGGAAGGGGGGCAGGAUUGUCCCGGUAAAUAGAACCGGGGGACGCGAUGAAGCUGUACUGCCUGUCAGGGCAUCCAACCUUGCCAUGCAACGUGCUCAAGUUCAAAUCCACCACCAUCAUGCUGGACUGUGGGCUGGAUAUGACGUCUACCCUCAAUUUCCUCCCCCUGCCUCUGGUCCAGAGCCCCAGGCUGUCCAAACUUCCCGGUUGGGUUUUGAAAGAUGGAAGCAUGUUUCUGGACAAGGAGCUGAAGGAGUGCUCUGGCCAUGUGUUUGUAGACUCUGUGCCUGAGUUCUGCUUGCCAGAGACUGAACUGCUUGACCUCUCCACAGUGGAUGUAAUCUUGAUCUCCAACUAUCACUGCAUGAUGGCACUGCCCUACAUCACAGAGUACACAGGAUUCACUGGAACAGUUUAUGCCACCGAGCCCACUGUUCAAAUUGGCAGGCUCCUGAUGGAAGAGCUGGUGAAUUCCAUUGAACGCGUGCCAAAGGCUCAGUCUGCCUCCAUGUGGAAGAACAAGGAGGUGCAAAGGUUGCUGCCAGCCCCGCUGAAGGACGCGGUGGAGGUGUCCAUGUGGAGGAAGUGCUACACCAUGCCCGAGGUGAAUGCAGCCCUCAGCAAGAUCCAGCUGGUGGGCUAUUCCCAGAAAAUCGAGCUGUUUGGUGCUGUGCAGGUCACCCCUCUGAGCUCGGGCUACGCUCUUGGGAGUUCCAAUUGGAUUAUCCAGUCACACUAUGAAAAGGUUUCUUAUGUUUCAGGAUCUUCUCUGCUUACAACACACCCUCAGCCCAUGGACCAGGCUUCUCUUAAAAACAGCGACGUUCUCAUCCUGACAGGGCUGACCCAGAUCCCCACUGCCAACCCUGAUGGAAUGGUGGGAGAGUUCUGCAGCAACCUGGCGAUGACUGUCCGGAAUGGAGGCAAUGUCCUGGUUCCCUGUUACCCCUCUGGAGUGAUCUACGACCUGCUGGAGUGCCUCUAUCAGUACAUUGACUCUGCAGGACUCUCCAAUGUCCCCUUUUAUUUCAUCUCACCUGUUGCCAACAGCUCCCUGGAGUUCUCCCAGAUCUUUGCUGAGUGGUUGUGUCAUAACAAACAAACAAAGGUGUAUCUUCCAGAACCUCCUUUUCCCCACGCUGAGCUCAUUCAGACAAACAAAUUGAAACAUUAUCCCAGCAUCCAUGGAGACUUCAGCAAUGACUUCAAGCAGCCCUGUGUUGUGUUCACUGGGCAUCCCUCUCUCAGAUUUGGGGAUGUGGUGCAUUUCAUGGAGCUGUGGGGAAAAUCCAGCUUGAACACUGUUAUAUUCACAGAACCUGAUUUCUCUUACCUGGAUGCUCUGGCUCCCUAUCAGCCCUUGGCAAUGAAAUGUGUUUACUGUCCCAUUGACACAAGACUCAACUUUAUUCAGGUGUCUAAAUUACUUAAAGAAGUCCAGCCCCUGCACGUGGUGUGCCCCGAGCAGUACACGCAGCCCCCUCCCACGCAGUCCCACCGCACGGACCUGAUGAUCGACUGCCAGCCCCCGGCCAUGUCCUACCGCCGCGCCGAGGUGCUCACGCUGCCCUACAAGCGCCGCUACGAGAAGAUCGAGAUCAUGCCCGACCUUGCAGAUUCCCUCGUGCCCUUGGAGAUCAAGCCUGGUAUUUCCUUGGCAACAGUUUCUGCUGUGCUGCAUACUAAGGACAACAAGCACGUGCUGCAGCUCCCUCCAAAACCUCCCCAACCUCCUGCCAGCAAGAAGAGGAAGCGAGUGAGUGAUGAUGUGCCCGAGUGCAAAUCUCUGAAGCCUCUGCUGAGUGGCUCCAUCCCCAUGGACCAGUUUGUGCAGACUCUGGAGAAGCACGGCUUCAGCGAUGUGAAGGUGGAGGACACGGCCAAGGGCCACAUUGUGCUGCUGCAGGAGGCAGAGACCCUGAUCCAGCUGGAGGAGGACUCCACCCACAUCAUCUGUGACAAUGAUGAGCCCCUGAGGGUCAAACUGCGGGACCUGGUGCUCAAAUUCCUGCAGAAAUUUUAGCUCGUGGACAUCAGGAGGCUGUGCAAGGAGAGAGCCUGGAGCAGCAGAACUUGGAGCUGUCCAAGGAGAGAGAAUUUUGUGAUUCAGAGACACCAGAAACCACCUUCACCUUCAUGGAGGAGCAAGGGAGUAUUUUUUAAUAUCUAUUUUUUAAAUCUUAUUUUUAACCUGUUUUGGAAUACUUUGGAGGAGAUUCCUGUUGUGUAAAAUUGCGAGCUGGGAAUCUUACAGGUGAUAGGAGCUGCAGAAUAAAUAACUGGAGUGUU